AUGCAGUUCAAUUUUAAUGAAGAAACUGCGGAUGUUCUGAAAGACGUGUUGGCCGCCAUUCAAGGCAAACGUUUUGAGGAAAGUGAAACGUUAGUAACGUCAGAGUUGGAAAGAAUCAUUAAAAGAAAUAAACUAAUCAAAAUAGCAGACUCGUCUGAAGCAUUAGCGUAUGCCAAACAAAAUCUGAACAUUUCUUUUGAACUAAUGGACAAGCAAGUGGAAACUUUGAAAAAUGUGUUUGCCGGACGUGACUGUAUAUCUGUGUUGCCUACUGGUAAUGGGAAAAGUCUCAUUUAUCAACUGUUGCCAUUUCUUCUACAGAGAAAUCGCCCAUCUCCAGGGAUUGUAAUCGUCGUAAGUCCAUUGAAUUCGCUAAUGCAGGACCAAGUGAUCUCACUAUGCGAGAAGUGUUUUCUGAAUUCGCAAGGAUAUGCUGGAAAAACAUUCAAAAUGGUCGCUCGACAUGUUGUGGUGGAAGAUGAAAAUGACGAAGUAGAGUCUGAUGAAGAACAACCCAGUGAUUUUGACAUCCAUGCACCUGUAUAUGUUAACAUGGGUGACUUAAGAAAGGGAUCAUAUAACCUUGUGUAUGCUCAUCCAGAGACUGUGUUGAACAACAAAACUAUUGGGGCAAUGCUGCGUUCAAAAAUCUACCAAGACUGUGUUUGUGCUGUUGUCAUUGAUGAGGUGCACAUGAUAUCAUAAUGGGGUCCUAAGUUGCGCACACCUUUCAAGAAGCUGUCAGAAGUUGUAUGCAUUUUCCCCGAUGCUCCACACCUUGCACUGACAGCUACUGCCACGCCAACUGCUGUGAAGACCCUUGCUUCAGAUCUGCAGUUUACAGAUUAUGAUUUGGUUACCAUCAACCCAGAUCGGCCAAAUAUAUACCUUGAGGUUAAAACAAGUCUGCCGAACAUGAGGAAAUAUGACAAGCUAGAUCAUCUAAUACGUCCAUUGGCAGUCGAGUUGCAUUCAAAACUUGCUGAUUCCCCAAUCACAGUUGUUUACAUAAACAAUGAUGCAGAUUUAAGCUAUUCGUACCAGUAUGUUGCAAGACACAUGGGUAUACACCUUCAGACUGUCCUACUCCAGAGAAUAGGUUGUUUGCUCAAUUCCACAGAAGCCAUGAAACUUCACAUUGUUCUGGAGCUCAGAAAACACAAUCCUAAAUUAAGACUGGUUUUAGCUACAGUAGCUUUAGGCAUGGGAUUAAAUGCCACAAGUAUUACCCGUGUGAUUCAUUUCAGAUCCCCAACAACAUUGGAGAAGUAUUUCCAAGAAAUUGGCCGUGCUGGUAGAUCUGGACAACCCUCAAAUGCGGUCUUAUUUUAUAAUAAAAGUGACAUUGCAGCCAACCGUGAAGGCAUGACAGAGGUAAUGGUGCAGUAUUGUGUCACCAAGGAUUGUUUGAGGUUGCACUUGGUCUCUUACUUUGGAUUUGACUCAGUAUUGUUCAAUGGCGAUUCUGACAAGUGUUGUGCAAACUGUAGAGCAAAAUCGGAUUCUUUCCUUUCAUAAAUGAGAAAGGACAUAUGCUUUAUGUACAGAGAUUGUAAGCUCUGACGUUUAUUGUGUAUUUCUUUUUUCAGGGAUUGUUCAUGAUCAGGGUUUACUUGUAUGGCAGUA